CUACAGUUCAAUGUGUCGCUGUCAAAGUCCUUUUCCGUUUCCUCUUUAACGAAGCGCAGUCAAGAUGAAAGCUAAAGGAGUGCUGAAAGAAUACCAGGUGAUCGGGCGCAAGCUGCCCUCGGAGAAGGAGAAGAAUCCUCCGCUGUUCAAGAUGCACAUCUUCGCUCCGGACCACAUUGUGGCCAAGUCGCGCUUCUGGUACUUCCUGCGUCAGCUGCGCAAGUUCAAGAAGGCCACCGGUGAGAUCGUGUCGGUGAAGCGCAUCAUGGAGAAGACACCGCUGAAGGUGAAGAACUUCGGCAUCUGGUUGCGUUACGAUUCGCGUUCCGGUACGCACAACAUGUACCGCGAGUACCGUGACCUGACUAUUGGUGGUGCCGUCACGCAGUGCUACAGUGACAUGGCUUCGCGCCAUCGUGCCCGUGCCCACUCGAUCCAGAUCAUCAAGGUGGAGGCGAUCGCUGCGUCCAAGACGCGUCGUGCACACAUCAAGCAGUUCCACAACACCAAGAUCCGAUUCCCGCUGGUGCAGCGAUACCACCACAAGCGCUACCGGAAGCUGUUCUCUUACCGCCGCCCGGUCACCUUCUUCCAGUAAGAAGCAUCAUGUGGAAGACCGUCGUCAACCCACCACACGGCACCGUUUCGCCCGGCUGUACAAGCAUGCCAUCAUUAUCGUCCUUGCGAUCGUUUGCGAUAGUAGAAAAGCGACAAAAUGUGGUCCAGUCCCUGGUGGUACAUUUGCUGUUCUCGCGCGUAGUGCUUGUUGGUGCAUAAUUGUACGAUUGUUGAGUGUGCGUGUUUUCGUGUGUGGUGUGAUGAUGCAGCAAUCUUGUUGAUUAGUGUGCGUAUUGCGUGCAUUAACGGGCAAGGAUCAGCUGAGCGAAUGUUUUUUUUUGGCAUGUUCCGGAAAACAACAACUAUGCCGGGGGCAGUUCGAUGCGGAAUGAGAGCGGAGAGAGACAAAGAAGGAAUAAAAAAGAAAGAAAGGCGAAGAAAUAACGUA